CUGUAGGAGGUGCUCUCUGCCGCCCUCUGGCGCCCCCUUGCUGCAGUGCCCCAAUGUCUGUCCCUGGAGGCAGAAGGCCAUCUAUUGGUUCGCGUAGACGAGCUUCCCCUCCUGUCUCCAUGAGGGACCCAUAUGGAACAUCCUCUGUUAGCAGUAGCACCUCCAGCUCCUACAAAGGAAGUGAUAGCAGUCCCUCGUCAAGUUUAAGGCGGUCAAAUAAAUACAGUCUGUGCAGUGAAAACCAUGGGAUCAAGCCCCCCACCCCAGAGCAGUAUCUCACCCCCCUGCAGCAGAAAGAGGUCUGCAUCCGCCACCUGAGGGCAAGACUGAGGGACAUGCAGGAGGCACUUCAUGAAAGAGACUCUGAAGUUGAUGAGCUGCGCUCGCAGCUGAGCCGGAUGCAAGAGGACUGGAUAGAGGAAGAGUGUCAUCGGGUCGAGGCACAGUUGGCACUGAAGUCGGCGCAGAGGGAAAUCCAGCAGCUUCGUGAAGUCAUGGAUAGUGUCCGGGGACGGCUAGGGGAAGGUGAUACAGGGGUCCAGAAGUAUUUUGCUGACAUCACGUUGCAGAACCGUAAGCUGGAAAAUCUUCUGCAGAACAUGGAGUUGGCACAGGAUGGGGCAGAAGGUGGAGGUUCCGCUGGGGACUCUCCUGCCCGCUCUCUCACCCGCAGCUCUACCUACACCAAACUGAGCGAGCCUCCUGUUGGAGAUCGCCACUCUCAGGACACUGGGGAUAGCGGGUAUGCUGACAGCAGUGCUGUCUCUUCUGGCACAGAGUUCUACCUUGGCGAGGGUCCUUUGUGUCUCAGUGUGCAGCCGCCUCCGCUGUGCGCUGAGGCUGCUGUUCAGGCCAGCAGUGUGAGUGACUGUGCUGUUCAGACGGACGAAGCUGCGGGCACCCCUGAGCCUGACACAAUCAUAGAGAAGGUCCUGCAGUCACAGACAGCUGGCAUCCUUUCGCCCCAGGACCCCAAAGAGCCAGAAGCAGCCAAUCCUGACUCAAGCUGUGUAGUGCUGGUCACUGAAGGAGCCUCUGGGGCUGAAGGUGGGGAAGCAGAGGAACCUGCUGCACCUCUUAGUUACUGGAGCCGGCACUUUGUAGUGGACUUAUUGGCUGUGUUGAUCCCUGUGGUACCCACGGUUGCCUGGUUAUGCCGCGCUGAGAGGCGCCAAGGACAGCCAGUGUAUAACAUUAGCUCUCUGAUGCGUGGCUGCUGUACAGUCGCUUUGCACUCCAUUCGCAGGAUCAGCUGCCGCCCUGUCAGUGCCUCCACAAGCCAACCCUAA